CUCUCAUAGGAGUGCAAAUGAGUGGUUGGUCUUUUGAGACCCCGUUGCGUUCUUUGCAUAAUAAUGAGCUGUUGUCAAACAAGAAAGGAGCGAGCAAAGUCGGGAAAAGAGUGAAGAAAUUUGCUUAAAAUGUCCACAGAGGAGAAAAUCGUCGUCACACUCGAACAGAUGCGGUGGAGAAAUACUUUUUUAUGAAAUACAAUAACGUCAACUUAACAUGACGAAGAAGAUUGGAACAAUUGGGAGUAUUUUUCUUUCUUUCCAAAUGGGCGUCAUCUCUGACUUGCAAUGACUUCCAUCGUCAGACUCUGGUUACACUCCCUCCUCAAUCACGCCACGUUUGACUUCGUCUACUGGGCCGAGCUUCCCCGCAUCGACUGUUUCCAAACUACGACCAAAGAAAGAGAGACGGGGGGGAAGUCCACGUCAAAAAGUUGUGGUCGUCCGCGGCCAUUGGUCGGAGCGUCUGGGAGCUCGUCGGCAUGCCGGACUGAGCGGCAUGGCUUCGGCCGUGUUCGAGGGCACGUCGCUGGUGAAUAUGUUCGUGCGGGACUGCUGGGUGAACGGCGUCCGCAGGCUGCUCAUCAGCUCGAGGGGAGACGAGGAGGACUUCUUCGAGAUUCGCACCGAGUGGUCGGACAGGAACGUGCUGUACUUGCACCGCAGCUACUCGGACCUGGGACGACUCUUUCGGCGCCUCAACGACUCGUUCCCGGAGGACAGCGAAGACCUGUCCGCCUCGCCCCUCACCCAAGGUCUGGUGAAAAUCAAAGAAGCAAACGACAUCGAGGAGAAGCUUAACGAGGUGGAAAGGCUGCUGAAAAAUGCCAUCAACAUGCCGUGCAAGUAUUCCAGAUCCGAAGUCAUGCUGACUUUCUUUGAGCGCUCGCCACUGGACCAGGUGCUCCGGAACGACAAGGUGCACAGAAUCCAGCCCUGUUUCGAGAGUCCGGUCAAGAUAUCGGAAAUCAUGCGCUCAAACGGCUUCUGUCUGGCUAAUACCGAAACGAUCGUCUUUGACCACAAGCUGCCAGACAAGAAGGCGAGACCCUCUUCCACAGACUCGGUGGAGCACACGUACGACGACGGACCAGAGUUCUUGCCCAUGCAUGCGGAUGUGUGCGAUGAGGAAACGGAGGCAUACGUUACCAACCUGUCCUACUACCACCUCGUACCAUUUGAGACUGACAUCUUGGAAUGAGGAGCUGUCUGGAACUAUUGAACUAUUGAAAGAAAACCAACAGCGAGAUAGCACCAAUAGGACCUUUUCAACAAUUCACCCUGGAAGAUGUUGAGGCAAAAUGACACGUGCUUACCCGGCCGCCCGAAAUUCAAAGUCAGCAGUUUAACACCCACCCUGGCGUUAUCGCGGGAUUACAAUAAGUCGUUAGGAAGCUCUUUCUGCCAUCUUUGUUUCUUGUGCUAUUUUGGUGCGCCUAAUGCAACCUCUCAAAGAGGAUUUGUGCGUGGCGGAUUUUGAGGCUUUGACGGCUAAAGGUGAUGGAUUAUUUCUCAUGGAAGUGUUGAAACAAAACACCCAUCCCGGUGUGCCUCCUGGAACCCCUUGCGGUCCCUUCAACAUUUCAUGCUAUGCUGCAAAAUUUAGUAAAUUGUUUUUAUCCCUCAGUGUCCUAUAAGGCUUUUUCAGUCGGUCGGGUUGCAGAUGACCUGGAGCCAACUGACUUUACGUAAGAGGCGAGUUACAACCUUGACUGGUUGCCAAUCAACCAUUCAUGCUCACAUUCACACCUAUUGGAAGUUAAGUAUGCAAAUAACUUACAUGAAGACAGAAUACUUGUCGAAAUCCCAUGCAAGCAUUGGGAGAAUAUGCAAACUCCAGAAAGGACGGCCAGAGCUGAGACAUGAACCCUGAGCUGCAGAACUGUGAGGUGGAUGUGUUACUCACUCGGUCACUGCACUAACGACUUCAAGUGUCAUUGUAUUUCAACCUAGAUUGUAAUGUUAGGAGGAGAGAAUGAGUGUUGGGGUCAUGUGAUGCUCUGAAUCACCACCAGAAAAGACGACAGGCCAUGUGAGGUCAGUGGGUUUACUGAGGGCCUGAACGUGGCAAUCCAGUGCAGGGCUGGGGGAGGGAACUCAUAAUGCCCUCUCUUUUUACUGUCAAGCAAACAGCUGAUUCCAAUUAAUUUCUUUUGUGUUGUAUGAGUCCUCCCAUUCGAUGUUUACAUUUUCCUUUCACUUAAGUGCCUUCAAUCAGCUAUGACUACCGACAAAAUGGAAAACUGUAAACUUGUGUUGUUCUUUGUGCAACUUAAGCCACUUGGGUUACUUGAAUGGCCAAGAGUAGGAGACACACCACAUGCGAGCUCUCUACAACUCACGCCGGUAUUGUUCCUCUCCUGCCCCCCCCUCCUUUAAAUACAGAGGCAUUCAAGCUUAGCAAAGUUGGCACAGGAGGCCUCAGCAUGGCUCUGUUUAGUAACACAGUCAUGAUCACCAUGCAGCCAGUGAGAAAAUACAGCUCGUUCUCACCGAAGAAGUUUUGGUGUUUUAGCGCUUUGCCCUCAAGAAACACAUGACGUAAAAGUUCAGCUGGUUGAAAUAACUCUUUAUGUCCUGCUGCAUAGUGUAUGAAAUGCCAGUAUAUCAAAACAAUUAAAUGAUUACGAGCAUGGCAGAUAAUUAUGAAAUAAUAUAACAGCUUUAAUUAUUUCAUUUUAUUAAUGUGAAUAACCAGGAUGAGUUUUAUGCUGAUUAUAAUGUAAGGAAUGUUUAUGUUGUAAAUUUUCUGUUCUGACAGUAUUAAAAUAUUUUAAAAACCAACACAUUUUUAAUAAAAUGAGCGAGCAACCAA